UCGUAACUGCAAGGCGUAUGUACGUGAGACGAAUUCAAUGUUGAAUCAACAAAAUUAUGGCGGAAAAUGUAAACGUGCCACUGCGACAUUUAUAUAGGAACUUACGUGCAUAUUCGGUUAAAUGUAAUUUAUCGAGUUCUACGCAACACGCUCAGUAAACUUACUUCUGUGAUUACAACAACGAAUAAAAGUUAACAAAAAUAAGUGAAUCAUCAAAGGAAAUACAAAUGACGUAGAAUCAAUGGCAAGUGAUGAGUGAGUACUACAAGGAGCAACACCCGUUACUAUGUGAGGAUAUUUCCGAAGAGGAGCACUACAGCCCUAGAUACCCUCGGAGGCUGCGCUCCUCCACCUACAGGGGACGGACCAGAAACAAUCUGAAAGGUGCAGCCUCCAUUAUCACGCGCUGGCCAGAUCACUGGUCAUCUUUCGUUGCUUACUGGUGGAUAGGACUCGGAAUGAUUAGUCUUAUGACAUUUGUAGUUUAUAAUAGCCUUUUUGCAUUUUCUAUGCUACCAACUGCUAAUCUAAAACCUGCAAGUCUUAUAAUCGCCAAUAAAAAUGCAAGAAUAUUACCAAAAACUUCAUGUCCCGACGUGUUUAUGCACAUUUUUGCCAAGCCGACUGAAGAGGUAGAUUUUGGCCAAUACAUGCCUUACAUUGAAGCGUUAUCAGAUAAAUAUCCAAACGUCAAGUACCAUUUAAUGGUAGUUGUAAAUGACACCACAAAUCUAGGUUGGUUGAGUGCUGAAGAAAAUAAUGAAAUAGCUUUGAAUUCACUCUGGAAUAAAAAUCCUAAGAAAGAACCCAUAUAUUCGAAUAUUGCUAUUGAAUAUAUCACGCUAUCAGCUUACAUGGAAAACUCACCUUUGAGAAAAUACUGGAGGUCUUUACCACAUCAACUUAUUGAAUUCUUAUCGCGAGCUAUUUCCAUUUGGGACAAAGGAGGUAUCGCUUUUGAUCCUAUCAUUUUGACACCAAAAUCCCAACAUACCAUAUAUACAGAGAAAAUACAGAAACUACUUGACAAAUAUGCAGAAGUUGACAAAACUGUAAGUGAUUUUAAACUUAUGAAUAAACCAAGUAGGCCGUCUAAGAAAGGGAGGAAAUUAAACAAUAUAAGGGACAUAAUCAACGCCUUGGAAAAUGAGGACGACUCUAUGAAUGCCUUUUCUCAAGAAACUCUAACAGAGGCAGAAAAUAUAAAAGCCCCGAUUGUAACAAAAAGUGAUCGCCAUUUAUUUACUGCCACAGAGAACAAAGUAAAUAAUGUAUCGGACAAAAACACUGAGCCCUUUAAUAAAAUACAAAUCCAUCCACAAAUAAAUGCCUAUUCAAGUGAUAGUGAUACUAGAAUGUCAAGCCAUCGAAUGGUCAAUAACAGUACGGAAACUGCCGUAACUUUAGAUGUUAGUCAAAAUACAACUAAGUUGAGUCUGUUACCUUUAUUUUUAGAAUUCCUAUUUCAUAAUAAACUUAAUGUUAAAACAAGCCCUACAGAAGCUACAACAACUAACCGAACAAGGAAAAGUGUCAUACAAGUACCCAAAUCUGAAGAGGUUGAAACUUCUUUGUCAACAAGUUCACUGGAGAGAAUUGAUAAGAGAAUCACGGAUACUUACCAACCAGUCAUUAUUUCAGCGGCAGGUAUCUAUAAUAAAUCUGAAAAUCCCAAGUUGGCCAUAGACCCGCCCAAUCAAGAGUCUGAUGCCGUUAUAGAGAAAAAUAGAUUAACAAUCGAUUUGAAAGGAAAUAUUAUAGCAACGGAUACUGCAUGCCAUGCCUUCUUAGGAACUAUAUUUAGCAAUGCGAUCCACCAUAGUCAAGAAGAAAGUGUCACAGAUUUUAUAAUUGCUGAACUGACAAUAUUUUGUAAAGGACUUUUGUCUUCGUGUAUGGGUAUUGAUUUGAUUUUAUUAUAACUGUAUUAACUUUAAUUAUUGUUAUUUUAGGAAUGAGUAUUAAAUUAUUUUAUUAAAUGUUUUUCUUAUUUUA